AUGUCAAGGCCAACAAAGCACCAGGUCAAACAGGCUGUGAAGAAGCUCUAUGACGUUGACGUGGCCAAGGUCAACACCCGGAUCAGAUGCUUUCCUCCUCACUCCCUCGUCUGGUGCAACCGCCUCUGGCAGUCUGAGGGGUCCUCACUGGCCACCUUCCGUGGCCAGACCCAUGCCAGGCCCCCGGGGGGCACAGCCGUGAAUAGUCACAAGCAGUCGGAGAGGGAGACAGGUGAUCGGCCAGCCUCCUAUGAUGGGCUCCCUGACCUCCAGCUGCACUUCUCGGCCUCCACCACCCACGGCAGUCGCCCGCACACCCCGCCUUCCCCCACCGAUGGUGCACAGCUUGCCUGCCUCCAGCUGCCCCAAGACAAAGGGCAGCAAACUCGGAGUCCCCCAGACCUGGGCUCAGAUCCCCUCUGGCACCAGCUGGCUCCCUCCAUGGUGCAGGUGCCCAGUCUGGGUCCGGGUACUCUCACCAUCAAGCCCAUGGCCUCCACGCUGCAAGGGGCUGGCGUGGGGGUGCUAGAAACACCGUUUCCCAACUAUGUCACAGAUUUAGAGCAGGUAGUCAUUCAUGCAGAGAACCAGUUCUGGAAGCGGAUCCGUCCUGGGAUCUCCGCCGAGCGCGCGGCGGGCGGGGGGCCUAGGGAGCGGCCGGGAAAAUGUGACCCCGGAAGCAGUCGCGGCGCCAGCGGCCGCGUCUUCGGUUGCCAGAGCGCCGCCCCGGAAGUAGAGCGCGGCGCGCGGCGGGCCGGUCCGCGGGGCGGCGAGCGGCGUCCUGCUGCCGGCGCCGGAGUGGGGCUGGAGGCGGGGCCGGGGCCCGGCGCGGGGCCGCCCUGCCCGGUGAGGUCCCGCAGGAUGAGUGUGCAAACCAUCCGAAACGUUUUUAGUGUCGAAGCUGGCUAUCGGCUCUCAGACGAUCAAAUAGUCAACCAUUUUCCGAACCACUAUGAACUGACCCGGAAGGAUCUGAUGGUGAAGAAUAUUAAAAGAUACAGGAAGGAGCUGGAGAAAGAAGGGAGUCCUCUGGCAGAAAAAGAUGAAAACGGGAAAUACCUCUACCUGGACUUUGUUCCAGUCACCUACAUGCUGCCCGCGGACUACAACCUGUUCGUGGAGGAGUUCAGGAAAAGCCCCUCCAGCACCUGGAUCAUGAAACCUUGUGGCAAAGCCCAGGGAAAGGGCAUCUUUUUGAUCAACAAGCUCUCGCAGAUCAAAAAGUGGUCCCGGGACAGCAAAACAUCUUCGUUUGUGACCCAGUCCACCAAGGAGGCCUACGUGAUCUCCCUGUACAUUAACAACCCGCUGCUGAUCGGCGGGAGGAAGUUUGACCUGCGCUUGUACGUGCUGGUGUCUACGUACCGCCCACUGCGCUGUUACAUGUAUAAACUUGGAUUCUGCCGCUUCUGCACGGUGAAGUACACCCCAAGCACCAGCGAGCUGGACAACAUGUUUGUUCAUCUCACCAACGUCGCCAUCCAGAAGCACGGGGAGGACUACAACCACAUCCACGGGGGCAAGUGGACGGUGAACAACCUGCGGCUGUACCUGGAGAGCACCCGAGGCAAGGAGGUGACCGGCAAGCUGUUCGACGAGAUCCACUGGAUCAUCGUGCAGUCGCUGAAGGCCGUGGCGCCGGUGAUGAACAACGACAAACACUGCUUCGAGUGCUAUGGCUAUGACAUCAUCAUCGACGACAAGCUGAAGCCCUGGCUGAUUGAGGUGAACGCGUCCCCGUCUCUCACCUCCAGCACCGCCAACGACCGAAUCCUUAAGUAUAACCUGAUCAAUGACACCCUCAAUAUCGCAGUCCCUAAUGGCGAGAUUCCAGACUGUAAAUGGAACAAAUCACCCCCGAAGGAAGUUCUUGGCAAUUACGAAAUUCUCUAUGAUGAAGAGCUGGCGCAGGGCGACGGGGCUGACCGGGAGCUGAGAAGUCGCCAGGGCCAGUCGCUGGGGCCCAGAGGGGGCCGAUCGAGAGACUCGGGGAGAACCGUCCUCACAACCUGGAAGUGA